UGAAUUUUUAAAAGUACUGUUGCCAAUUUUGAUUCAAAAAUGCUCAAUCGUUGAAAACAAUCUCCUUAGUGGUGGCUAGUUUAUCUUUUAUUUUCGAAAAAAAAAAUACAACGAACAAAGAUCGAGAUUCAUCGAUAUCAUUAUAUUUCCAAAAUACGUGACAAAUUUGUCAAAAAACCUAAACUAAUUUAAUGUCUUAAACAUGCUAUAAUAUAAUGAUCGAUCAGUUCAUUGUAAACUAUGUCUAUUAAUUGUUCUAUAUAAGUCACGUUUGAAUUCAACAUGCUAUUGUCGAUUUGAUUAUAAUUGAUCCAACUUGAAUCCAAUAAAUGCAUAGGAGGGAUUUUAUUCGCAGCUGUUAUGUUUAUGAAAUACAAAAAGUAUAAUAAAUAAAGUGACAAAGAAGUUGUAAAAGGUUAAAAUGCAUUCUGUUACUAAACUGAUCUUAGUGUUGCAUUUGCUUCCAAGAGCAAUCGUUGGUAUCGAUCUAACGUGUGAAAGCGUUAAUCCUUUGAUACCAUCUGAUGUGACUUGCGUUUGUAAAAACGCACCGGGAACAGACAUCGACUGGUUGAUUGAUGAUGGCUUUAAUUCGAACUGUGUAUUGUCUUCAAUAUGCGCACCCCAGUACAGUGGGUACCGAUACUCGAUGAACAUGACUGAAAAUGUUUAUAAGAUGACAAUAAAUUCAUAUAAUUAUUCUGACUGCACAACAAUUGCCUGCAAAGACCCGAGUGAUGGAAGCAUAAUGCGGUCGAUAGUACCUUCUUCUAUAAUUUUCGAUACGACUUUCCCAACAUCAAUGACAGAGCCAGGGUCGAACAAUAGCAACGGAACUAUUUCUGUAACAACUGGUUGUAUUUCUGGUUUCUCGGACGUGGAGUCUGAUUGGUAUAUCAUUGUAGACGGAUUGGAAGAAAAAUAUGAUACAAGCUUUUUCAACAAAACAGACCACACCUCGUGUUUAAAUUGCGACACUGAUGUUAAUGGACAGAGAACAAUUGGAAUUGAGCAUAGUGAGGCAUCUGGAUAUGAAACUAAAACCGGUCGUUUUAAAGUGAACUUGUAUCAUGAGCCGACAAAUUUGCAACUAACGUUAACAUCAAGAUAUUAUUACACAGUUAAAGGUGAGUUCAAGUUUGAUCACUACACACAAAUACGAUUGCUUUGUGCUUUUGUGUCUGCAAUAUAACUCGAUCAAUAAUAAGAUGAACAAAUAACUCAAUAACUCUAUAUAGGCGUUAUAUUUGUCUAUGUCGCUCAGAAGGGCAAUUAAUAAAAAAACUUCUUUUUUUCACUUUCAUAUCUUACGAUAAUGCUCCCAUACAUGGAGCAUCCGCGCACGUAUU